AUGGCAAAGGGCGAGUUCAAGACACUGAGUCCCUUCACUGACGAAAAGGGAAUUAUAAGGGUUGGAGGAAGACUGGACAAAGCGAUUGUGUCCUACGAGACGAAACACCCCGCCCUGCUCCCGAGUACACACUGGAUAUCCCUUUUGAUAACGCGGAACAUGCAUCAAUUCGGCCAUCCAGGAGUGGUUACUACAACCGCCAAUAUAAGACAGCAGUACUGGAUCCUGAAGGGCAACAAGCUGAGCAAAUCGGUGAAAUCCCGUUGCGUUAUCUGCAGAGAAAUGGCGCAUAAGACCGAGGAGCAACUGAUGGCUGACCUGCCCGAUCUACGUCUGGCUCCGCAUACCCCGCUAUUCUACUAUACUUCAUGCGAUUACUUCGGACCUUACAAUGUUAAGAUUGGAAGAAACAAGCAGAUGAAGCACUAUGGCGUAAUAUUUACCUGCCUGAACACUCGAGCAGUCCACUUAGAGUUAGCCGUGGACUUAUCUACGAUGGAGUUCAUGCAAGUCUUGCGGAGAUUUUUCUCCAGUCGAGGUCAUCCAGCGCUCAUGAUGAGUGACAACGGGUCACAGAUGGUUGGAGCAGAGAGAGAGUUACUAGAGAUGAUCGAAGGUUGGGAUGUUGACGAGCUGAAGACGUUUUGUGCAGAAAAGGGAAUCCAGUGGAGGUUUGUUACCCCUGCAGCUCCGCAUCAGAAUGGCUGUGUUGAGUCUCUCGUUAAGAUGUGCAAAAGGGCACUGAAAUCUGCCAUAGGUGAACAAGUGUUAACGCCGUUCGAGUUAUACACCAGUCUGAUGGAAGUCGGUAACCUCGUCAACCAACGCCCGAUCGGUCACAUUUCUAACGACCCGGAUGACGGUGCGUACCUGUGCCCAAACGACAUGCUGCUAGGACAAGCUUCAUCGACAGUACCACAGGGACCGUUCAAGGAGACGAAGAAUCCACGGCACAGGGUAGAGUUCAUUCAACGUAUCGUGGACUCUUUCGGGAAGCGCUGGUCCAGAGACGUGUUCCCGACACUCAUUCCGAGGAAGAGAUGGCACACAGAGCGCCGUAAUGUACGAGUCGAUGAUGUCGUAGUCAUGGCUGAUAACAAUGCUGUCCGCGGUAAUUGGAGUAUCGGCAUAGUACUAGAAGUGUAA